GAAUUCUGACGGAACGAGCAGAUUUCCGAAGCUAGAUGAGUGCGCUCAUUUCCACUACGAUAAUGUUGAACUUGGACCAAUAAGUGUGGUGCUAAGCGAAGGGGAUGACAGAGUAGAUGGAAAAAGCUCCUGCGCCAGCGAGUGGUGGUUCUGUGUGCAAGUGACCAGUAACGGCAAGAGCUGGCAAGUGAGAAGAUCCUUGGACAAUUUUCAGAUGCUGGACCAUCAGCUGCACAGAUGUGUCUACGACAGAAAGUUCAGUCUCCUGAAGGAGAUCAACGUUCAAUCUCAGCAGCAAGAGGAUGCUCUGCGGACGAUGUUGACGCAGUACUUGGAGCGCUUUUCCCAGCUGGCUGGGAGUCUUAUCAACUGCGGACCCGUUCUUAACUGGCUGGAGUUGGACAACAGAGGUAAUAGGCUUAUAGUUACAGACGAAGCAGCAAUCAACACACCUGCUGUUGCUGCUGCUUAUGUGAUUAAGAGGUAUGCAUCCCAAGCUUCAGAUGAGAUCUCACUCGAAGUAGGUGACAUUAUUUCUGUGAUAGACAUGCCACCUCCUGAAGAAUCUUCAUGGUGGAGAGGAAAAAAAGGAUUCCAGGUAUCAGAUCAAAUGAGUAACCAUGAACAUAUGGGUGACAGAAUGAGAUGGAGAAUUGUCAGUGGACAAGAGCAGGCAAAUCACAAGCGGAGGUUGCUACGGAGGUGUUGUCUGCAGUUUCAGGAUGCUGUAUCUAUAUCUAGAAGAUCUGAACGAAGUCGAUCAAAAUCCACAACGGUGAAUGAAAAUCGUUAUUUAUUACGUUCACCGUGUAUACUGCCACUGUAA